GAAGCUGAGUUUAUGUGGGCUGCGACUCCUGUUGGUCGUGCGAUUAACUAGCAGCUUGUGUCGGCUGCGGGAGCGGAGCUACGUUUUGUUGUCUGGAGACACAUUGUAACAGACAGAAAGCGGAGGCAUAAGGCUUGGCUUUGCAGGGAUGACGAGUUUAAAGCUGAUCACUGUGACGGACAUACAGUAUUCAGGAUCUCUGCUCAAGUCCAUCGACGACCAGCGCAAUGCCGGACUGUUCUGUGAUGUUACCAUAAUAGUGCAAGACCGCAAAUUCCGAGCUCACAAGAACAUCCUGUCGGCAUCCAGCUCAUAUUUUCACCAGCUCUUUUCAGUGGCGGGACAGGUGAUCGAGUUGAAUUUUGUUAAGGCAGAGAUCUUUGAGGAAAUUCUGAAUUACAUCUACAGCUCCAAACUCUGUCGGAUUCGCUCGGACAGGCUUCAGGAGGUCAUCCAGGCUGGCCAGACCUUGGGUGUGCAGUUCAUUGCCAACCUAGGUGUCCCACUUUCCCAGGUGAGGGGUUUGCCAGGCUUGUCCAAAGUCCCAGACUGGGGAGAUGCUUUGGGCAGUGGCGAGAAUGCACAAACCAAAAAUGAUGUCCACUGCCCAGAAGCAGGAUCAUUGUGCAUGCCAAUCAUCACGGAGACGUUCUCCCUAUCUGCCGAAGAGUUCAAGCAGACAGAUGGCAGCGUGGAUAAGGAGGGAAACUCGACCAACGACGAUGUCCUUUUAGUCUCAAAAGAGGCACCUGAAAAAGCCACUGUCUCCAGCAGCACUGCUGGUGCAGAGGGUCCUGAGGUCAUGGAGAGGUGCCCCGAGAUUGAAAAAGUCGACAAGCGUCCUGAAGAGAAGGAUGCGGUGUCCGGGACAGAAGAUAGCAUAAGUCCUGAAGCGGGCCAGGCUGUGAUCAAAGAGGAUGGGGGCUCGCAGAUAAAGGAUGUUACUCCAUCUGCUGGGAACAUGGAUGGAGAUAAAUCUUCAUUCCACAGCAGCCCCACUCAGAUCCAGCUUGACCACAGUAUUCUUCCUAGCCCUCUGCCUGCUCCUCUACACAGCCCAAUGGUAUCCCCAAACACCAGCACCAAUAAUGUCCAGCCACCCAUGGGACCAACCUCUUUUGGUAGCUUAUGCACUCCACCAGCUCCCUCACCGCAUGUAAACAGCUCACACAUAGAUUCCCUCAACAGCCCCCAAACCAGAGAAAUGCUGCCACACGCUAAUGAGGUGCUGGGUGUGCAGAAAAAGCAGGUGACUACAGUUUUAGAGAAAUCAACUGCCCAGCCUGGGGAUUUCAAAAUAAAGCUCUCAGAUGUGAGGUCAGGAAGCGGCAAAAAUGGACCAGGGAUCCAGAGCCCCAAAACAGUGAUAGUAGGGAAAAAGACUAUAACACUAGACAAAGCUUCAGAGAUUGAUUCUCUGUCUACUGGCUGCAAGGUCUACGCUAACAUCGGGGAGAACACCUACGACAUAGUCCCCAUGAAAGAGGACCCUGGGGAGGGUGACUCCAAAACCAGCAGGGUUAGGAAAUCCCACAUGUCGUCAUCUUUCUCCCCAGAUUCAUCACCCCAGUCUCCCCGGGGGGUUUCGAGCAAGAAGAAAACAAAGCUCGAUCAGGAUGACCACUAUGAACUGAUCAUGGACGGGAAGACCUUUUAUGUGUGCGUCGUGUGCAAGCGUCCUUAUGUUUGUCUGACUAGCCUGCGACGGCACUUCAACACACACUCCUGGGAGAAGAAAUACCCCUGCCGUUACUGCGACAAGGUGUUUGCCCUGGCCGAAUACAGGACCAAGCAUGAGAUCUACCACACGGGGGAGAGGAGGUACCAGUGCCUGCUCUGCAAUGAGUUCUUCAUAAAUUACCAGCUGCUCUCCUCUCACUGCAAGCAGGUCCACAACCAGGACCCAUCCGGCCGCAAAGAGAAGGAUGACACUGAAAACAACCUGUACCGCCUGCUCCCUUGCAAGACCCUGCAGUUCAAGCCCUACUCCUAUGUCUCUGAAAGCUCGGCUGGAAUUCCUGUCAUCAACGAAGAGGGGAUAGUCUACCAUGUAGAGCCUGGGAAGGGGACCGAGGUACCCCGCCCCCCAUCUAGCACCCACACAUCCCCUCCUGUUCACCUCCCUCCCAGCCAAAGCAAGGUGCUGAACUGGGACGAUAUCUUUGUAGAGCCUGGGGCUCAGCCCCCACCUCAACCCCAGCCCCAUCCACAGCCCCCAGCCCCAGCCCCACCCCCACCCCAGCCCCAGCCCAGGCCACAGACCCAUGUGAAUCCAGCCGAGGCCUCACCAGAGUUUGAGUUUGUUAUACCAGAGACUUAUUGAGUUUAAGGAGCUCGACUUGCUAAGAAUUGUGCCUUUGAAGCAGGGAUUCCCAUUGUCUUGUGUUCUAGGGUCCAGGACAAGAGUUCCGUACUUAAGUGUUUAGCUGUUGUUUUUCAAACUAGUUGUGUGUAGAAAGCUUCAGUAUGCUUCAGCACAAGCGUGGCGGGUCUUGAAAUAGCUAGGUUUUUUAUUUUGUUGUUCUCUCGUUUCGUUUUUGUUUUGUUUUUGAGCCAGAUGGUUUUGUAUUGCCUCAUAUUGUUGUUCGACAGUUCUCACUUAUCUUUUAAAUGGCAGAGAUUGUUAUAUUCUGGAUAGACAGCACUAUGGCGUUCGUCGACAUUGUCACUGUCAGCACUUACUGUUGUUUCCACGAAGCACACAGAGGAACGUUUAGCUCGAGUCGCUCAAGCCCGAGUUUUGAACUGUACUCGCCUGUUUUCAGUCAAACAAUAUUUUUAUAUUUGAAAAGGAAACGGUUAUACAUUUGGGAUUUUUGGGCGGGGGUAAGAAGGGGUGGAAAAAAGGACAAAGGACUAGCAGUUCCACCAAAGACAUGGUGUCAGGUGAAUGAUCAUCAUAAUACUGAUCAUGACUGAAUGAUGGUCUAGGCUCGUAUUAACAUGAAAAAUCACACCAGCACCAGAAUUGGCAGCUGCCAGUUUCCUCUGUUCUGCCUCCUUUAAUCUAUACUUAUUGUAUGGAGCAUAAACAGUAUUUGGAAUGAUUAUGACUAAGAUUCCAACCAUGGGAAAGUAGGCCACUGGCACUAUACUGUUCUUAGGUGCUUUUUAUCAGAGAAUGAUAUGCUAAGCUAAGAGUUUAGGAAGCUUCAACUGAAAUGCAGGAUACAAGGAAGCGGAAGUGAUUUUUUUUUUUGUGCGCUAAGCGACAUGGUGUCCCGAUGGUGAUGGAAUCGAAAAAACACAGGUUGUUAUUGUGUUCUGUUGUAUGUAUUAAUGAAACUGCUAUACAUCUCCGGAAAAAUGUUGUCCAGUCUAGUCCAGAUAGUGAUAAGUAAUUCAGGCGGUUGAUGCUUGUGAAAGCAUCAGGUGAAACUUUUUUUUAAAGAUAACUGCUUCCCAUAGCACUUUUUUUUGUUUGUUUUUUUUACCUGAAAUGCAUUCAGACAGAUUCCCAGACGCGAGUGUAAGCAGCACAAGGCUUCUUCCAAACGACAGUGGCCUCAGAGGUGCUGUGGUGUUUGUUUUGGGCCGAUAAUUCUCCAUUUUCACUUUUUAAAUGCACAUGUUCAGUUAAACCUCCCCUUUUUUUGUAACCGGCCAAAAUCAGUCGGCUUUUUAGGCACGAACGGAUAAAGUGAUAUUUAAAUAAAUUUUAAAUUAAUAAAAUGAAAAGAUAAAUCCAAAGCCCAAGACUUUAAAAGGAUCUGAGGCCUGUGUGUGGUAUGUGUGAGGUUUUUCUCUUUUAAAAAAGUUUAUAUGCCGGCCAUGUUUUAGUAUUAUCGGAAAUAAAGAUGCUCGUUCUAUAUUCCGAGCAGGAUUCUCACGCCGCUGUACCUUGGCUGAGGAAGCAAGCACUUGGGAGAUUGCAGCACAUGAAGUGCAUUUCCUUUGAAGGAACUUUUUCUGUCUAUUCAGAAUGUUGCUAUUGUCUCGUGCAAGAAAAUGCCACCAGAGUUGUAAUUUUCAUGAACAUUUUUUUUAAACUUCUAAUCGUGUCUUGUCAGUAUGUAGCUGCUCUGUGUUGGCCAGUAGAGAUCAUUUUUAUCUACAGAAGUAGUCUUUGCUGUCCCUGUUUAUCAGAAAAUAAAAGCAGUUUAAGCUUUUAUUGUUUCGGAAACAAAUUAACAACUGUGUAUUGUGUAAAUAACUGUACUAAAGACCUUUUUUCAUUUUAACAUUCAUUUUCUUUGUGUUUCUCAAAGUUAUUUAUUAGCUCUUAGUGCUAUACAAAACUUAAAUAAAGUUUAUGGAGCUGA